AUGCCGGAUAAGCUCGAUGUGCAGGGUCUCCUCCAGGAGUCCAAGGCUGAAUACAAACGCCUAGGAAAGAGUGGCCUGAAGGUCUCAGUACCUAUCCUGGGUGCCAUGAGCAUUGGUUCCUCUAAAUGGCAGCCCUGGGUCAUUGAAGAAGAAGAGUCGCUACCGCUACUGAAAGCUGCGUACGAUCGCGGUCUUACGACUUGGGAUACCGCCAAUGUCUAUUCCAAUGGCGUCUCCGAAGAGCUCGUUGGCAAAGCAAUCAAGAAGUACGACUUGCCCCGUGAGAAGCUCGUCAUCCUCACGAAGUGCUUUGGUUACGUUGGCGAAGAUCCAGGUCUACGUACGAUCCAGUAUGGCACGGAGCUGCCUCAGUUGAAAGACUACGUGAAUCAAGGUGGUCUGUCACGGCAAGCAAUCUUCAACGCCGUCAAUGCAUCGCUCAAGCGUCUCGAUCUGGAGUAUAUCGAUCUUCUACAAAUCCAUCGCUACGAUCCAAAUACACCUCUCGAGGAAACCAUGGAGGCACUACACGAUCUGGUCAAGAGUGGAAAAGUCAGGUACAUCGGUGCCAGCUCCAUGUGGGCAGUCCAGUUUGCGCAAAUGCAGUUUACUGCUGAAAAGAAUGGUUGGACCAAAUUCGUCAGCAUGCAGAACCAUUACAACCUGCUAUAUCGCGAGGAAGAGCGUGAGAUGAAUCGAUUCUGCAAUGACACUGGCGUUGGUCUUAUUCCGUGGGCACCACUAUGCCGUGGCCAUCUCGCUCGCCCUCCCUCGGCAUUCGGCUCGACCACUCGUUCAGAGGGGGAACAGAAGGCUGGCAAUCAGACCUCUGGUAACAACGAGCGUGACAAGAAGAUCAUCGGCCGUGUCGAAGAGAUUGCAAAGAAGCAUGACUGGAAGAUGAGCCAUGUUGCGCUAGCAUGGAUCAACAAGCGUGUUGCGAGUCCCAUCAUCGGUUUCUCGAGUGUAGACAGGAUGGAUGAGGCACUUGCAGCAAGGGGCAAGGAGUUGACUGAGGAAGAGGAGAAGUACCUCGAAGAGCUUUACGAGCCCGUCAGGAUUGUUGGACAUUCAUAG